AUGACUCCUGUGGGCGGUGAUGAAAAGCCUUCCCUUUCAAGAUCAUCAUCUUUCAAACGUAAAUUAUCAAUCCCUUCAGUUGGAUACAAGAGAGUUUUAGUUUUAGGUUCAGGUUCUUUUGGUAGUUGCUUAGCCGAUCACUUAGCGGACAUUGGACAUCAAACUCGCAUUUGGGCAAGAAACAAAGAUGUCGUUGAUUCAUUCAACAACAACCACAAGAAUCCAAAGUACCUUACUGAUCACACAUUCUCAAAGAACUUAAAGGCUGUCGGACCAGAAUUCCCUUCUUUUGAGGAUUUAUUGCUCUACAAUGUUAUUGUUAUGGCUAUCCCUUCACAGUCUAUGUCCUCCGUCUUGAAAAAUCUCGUCCCUCUCUUUGAAGCCAAGAAGGACAAAGCACCUUUAUUAGUUUUCGCAAACAAAGGUAUAGAAUCUGGAAGUUGCUUCCUUCCAAUUGAAAUUAUUGAAAGAGAAUGCGGUAAAGAAAUCGCCAGAGUAUCUACAUUCUUAUCUGGUCCUUCAUUUGCAAAAGAAAUCGUCCAAAGAAUGCCUACACAAGUUACUAUUGCUUCAUUCUCAUCUCAGCACGCUGAACAAGCUUGUGAAGUUUUCCAUCAAGGUCACUUUUUGACAUUCUCAUCAACUGAUCCAGUAGGUGUUGAAUUAGCAGGUGCACUUAAGAACGUCUAUGCAAUUGCAUCUGGUGUUGCAUCUGGAUUAGGUUUCCAACAAAAUACUAGAGCUGGUUUGGUUACAAGAGCUAGCGCGGAAAUGCAAAAGAUUGGUGCAGCAUUCAACGCUGAUCCACUCACUUUCUUAUCAUUAGCAGGUGUUGGUGAUCUUUUCUUAACUUGCUCUUCUGAGAACUCACGUAAUUUCACCGUUGGUAAGAGAUUAGGAGAGGGUGAAAAAUUACAACACAUUUUGGACACACUCGGAUCAACAGCUGAAGGUGUUUUCACAGCUGAAGCUGUUCAUGAAUUACUCAAGAGAUUGGAAAUGUCUGCACCAAUUGCGGAAGCAGUCUACGAUUUGUUAUAUCAAGGUGCAUCAGCUGCUGAUAUGGCAGACAGACUAAUGGGAUUACCCUCAAUGCCAGAAUUAGCUAGACCAAUGGUUAGAAGAUCAUCACACUCCGAAAGAUUCAUGCAAGCUGUUGGUGUUUUAUCACCUGCUCAAUCACCUUCAAUUACACCUUCAGUUACUCCAGGUGGUAGUCCACCUCAUUCACCAAAACCACAAAACACAGGCAUUAACGCACUCCCAGAGGAUAAAUAA